CUGAGUCAGGCGAGACCGCUCUCUCUCUCUCUUUCUCUAUCCUUACCCUCUCUCUCCAGUUGCUCUUUUGCCAGUGAGACUUUGUUUUAUCCGCCGACGUCAUUCAUAUGGUCUGGACGCCGAGGCGCGAGGCUGCCCUCUCCUCGUCGCUAAUUGUAUUUCCCACCGUCUGACAACUUGUUUUUGUGUUAGCGCAUUGACUGCCCAUGGGCGCUGCUGUCCACACACACCGUGCUGCUGCUGCUGCUGCUGCUGCUCCGCCGGCUGUCCGGUGCGCCUCUGCGGUCGGUUCGGGAUGGUAUUGGGCUCUUCCUUUUAUGAAUGAAUAACAAAACUGGGGGGAAAUGCGAGUGACAGCAAAACUCCCCAGCAGCCGUGCUCCCAGGGGGCCAGCCAUCAAUGAGAGGGAUUAAGGACGGAGCUGAGCCGCGGCUCAUUGCGGAAAAGCCGACUGCAGACUGGAAACGCACUGUGAGGGAAACGGGCUCCAUAGCGUGAACAGAAAACCGCGGUGACCACAAUGUAAGUUGCUCUGGAGCGGCAACUCAUUAAGGCAUGGGAGGAGAGGGGGGCUUCCUGGUCCAUCCACAUCGUGGCUCUGGGCAGCGAGUGCCCCGGAGGAGUGGGGCCUGGGGAGGAGAUCAUGGGCCAGGGGCAGCUGCAGGGAGGCCUGCUGUGGAGCUACCUGGGCCAUGGAGCUCUGGUGGGACCAUGCGACCUGGAGAGCAGCAUGCACAACCCGGCCUUCAUGGAGUACAGCUCCCUUGUGUUUGGAGAUGUCACUGUGGUGGUCCGGGAUUGCCCCAGCUGGGACUUGUUGGACAGUGAUUGGGCCAGUGUACGGAAAGUUCUUGAGCAGGCAGACAUCCUGGUCAUUAAAUAUUCAGUCACCGAUAAGCUGGCCUUCCAGCAGGUCCGAAACGGCUACGCCCCGAGACUCCGCCCUCUCCUGAGACACUGGGGUGUGCCGGUCAUCCUGGUUGCUGUUGGAGCACGGCUAAACGAUGAAGGCCCUCCGUGCACCUGUCCGCUGUGUGCGUCCGACUGGAGCAGCUGUGUGCCUCACAGUGAGGGUCUGCAGCUGUCCCGGGACCUGGGGGCCACCUACCUCGAGCUGCCCUCUCUCAACCACGUCUUUGUGGGACGCUACUUCGGCAGCGUGCUGGAGUACUUCAUGAUUCAGUGUCUGAAACACAAAGCCAAAGAGAGGCCGGAUAAGAGAAGAGGAAAUAAAGUGAACGAUCUUCGCCCUCCUCACUUAGAGCAACCAGCACGUCUCCCCCCCAUCCGAGUGGAGGAGUCCAGCUUCUCCCAGGACAUGCAGUGGUUGUUGGAGCGCGGUGUGCAGUUCGCCGAUGUGGCUUUCUACGCCGGGGACUCUGGGAAAGAGCUGGGAUGGGCGCACGCUGCGGUUCUGUGUGCCGUCAGUCCGUACUUCAGACAGCUGCUCCUGGGGCCCAAGACCAGGGAACGCCCCCAGUCGCGGUGUGUUUGCAGAGAGCGCGAUGGAGGCCCCAACUCGCUGCUCUCCAACUGGGAUGGGGCGAUUAUUGACGACAUGCCACGAUCAGAGGCGCACUCGACAGGACGCCUCUCUCGUCUGGUGGUGAAGGACCCCCUCCUGUGUAUGUGCUUGUGGGAGACCCUCAUGUUCAUUUAUAGAGGAGCGUGGGAGUGGGAUCACCUACAGGAGGCGCUGGAAGAGAAGCUGAAGAAUACGCUCGCUGCAGCCCAGCUGAUUGAGCGCAUACGAUCCCUCAUCGGCAAAGAAAAGAUCACGACGGAGGAAGAAAAACAAGAAUAUAUUGUGGGCCCCAGGGACACCCCCAGCGCCAGGGCGGCUCAGCUCGGCCCCCAGACUCUUGUCAACCUCUUCAAUUCUCCUCUCUACUCUGACGUCAUCUUCAUGGUGCAAGGGAGUGUGUUGCCAGCCCACCGAGCGGUGCUGGUGGCUCGCUGCGACGUCAUGGCAGCCAUGUUCAGCGGGAAGUAUGCGGAGGCCCGGAGCCGAGUGGUGCCCAUCCAUGGAGUCUCCUCAGACACCUUCCUGUCCUUCCUGGAGUAUCUCUACACUGACUCCUGCUGUCCUGCCAGUGUGCUGCAGGCCAUGGCCGUGCUGGUGUGUGCCGAGAUGUACCAGGUGAAGCGUCUGCAGCACCUGUGUGAGGUGUGUGUGUGCGCCUACCUUCAGAGCAUGCCCAGUAGAGAGCUGUCGUCGACGGGCAUCAGCGUGAUCAGACUCCUCCGCCGAGCAAAGUGCCACAAUGCAGAGCAGCUGUACAUCUGGCUCCUCCACUUUAUCGCCAACAACUACCUGAUCUUCAGUCACAAACCUGACUUCCUGGAGCUCUCAGAGGAGGAGCGGGAACAGGUGGAGAGGCUACGCUGGCCGUCCAGAGGCUACCUGCAGGAGCUCAGCGAGUACCAGCAGCGGAGACGCAAGCUACGCAAGUCACGCUGCAUAGUCAUGUGACCUCACCUGGAUGCCUGAAACAAGAGGGAGGAGAGAAGAGAGUCAGUGACACUCAUCAUGUGGAGAAACUGACUUGUUCUGCUGGCUGAUUGUUGCUGACGUCAUCAGACUUCUUAACCAAUAGGACGCUUUGUGGAGCGGUGACACGCCUCUCCUCCCCCUGAAGGAAUGGCUGUGCAUCCUUUAAUGAAUGACUUUACUAUCAUGUGCAAUACAAAAUGCCUCAAACCCCAAUAUUAAACAUGACCAGAGGCUCUGUGAAAGAUUAUAUUUACAUUAGCUGAGGAUUUCUACAAAAGACAGUUACACAAUAAUUAUUAAAAGACCGCACAUCUGUUGGAAAACUUGCCGGGAUCGUUGCAGGAAGGAAACUGUUCCUCUACUCGGAGGAUGUUGGAUUAUCAUCUGCACGCUGGAGAAAUGAACAUGACCCAUGAUGCAUUUAUGUCCCUAAAAGUGAAAUAUUUCCCAAGCCUCUGACUUCUCUGUGGCUCGAUCAGUAUUUCAGCGGUGACGUUCAUUAAGAGAGAAAGUGAGUCAUCUCCAUCUGUAGUCUGUCAGGAGUCAGGAUGCCCUUUAUGAGACCAGCAGGACCAAUUUAAUCACAAUUUGCUUAUUCAGAUUAUCUCAGAUCACUGUCGGACUGACUGACUUUUCUUAACAUUUUAAAAAGAGAAUACAUUUCGGUCGUUGUCCGUCAAAAGAGGCCCUUAUAUUUUUAUUUCGAAAAGACUUGAAAUGUCAUUUUAAUGUAACUACAUAUUGCCUGUAUCAAAAGUUACAAUACAUUUAGGACAGUAACAAAUGUAUAUUUAAAACUUUCAUUGAAACCCUGUAAGCUCGUACCACUUCCUUAGCAGGUUCCAAUGAAAUGAUGUUGACAGUAUUCCCUUUCUAUUUGCAAUAACACCUGAUAAUGGUCUGUCUCAUUAAUACAAACAAGACUUUUGUAGCAUUUACAUACAAAUGUAGGAAAAGCAACCAUAUGAACAUACGUUGGAACACUAAAAACCACAAUGCCUCUGGAUGGAUAACAAUAUUUAUUUGAUCCUAUUUUUCUUAUUUGAGGGGUUGUUUUUAAUCAUACCAAGAAUAUGAUUUAUUGGUGCUGCAAAUUAUUAUUUUUGUAAACUAAACUGUAUGUGGACAUUAUGACAUGCUUUUUUUUUUUUACAUUCGGAGUAGAGGGUCUCGCUAUUUUACAGUCUGCUGUUUCGCUGGUAUUUACUUAAAAAAGGUGCAUGAUUAUAUUAAAAAACAAAACAUGGGGGGGACAGGAAGACAGCAACUUAUGUCAGAAUGACCUUCAACAAAAUGAAAAAUCAAUUGUGACAUUUUGCAGCUAUUUUUUAUUCAGUAGGUUAGUCCUUAACAGUAAUCAAACAGCAUGUAAUAGUAUUUGUAUCGGGUAUUUUAGCAGAGGUGUAGCAGCAGGCUGUUAGUAUAGUACUGUAGAUAGUACUGCUGCUGCAUCACAACAGGAACAUCAACUUUAAUCCCACUAAUAAAUCACAUAAAUCCUAAUCUACUCCUCAAAAGAAAUGAGUAAAUAACAGCAGGAAGAGUGGACUGUAAACAUGUGUAGUCCAGCGCUGCACUCAGUGUGGGCUGGGGUUGUACAGACGUCUGACUUUAAAUAAAGACAUGUUUUAGAAUGAACAACA